AUGGAGCCCGUCACUGUUGCUCAAGGCGUCAUCGACCUCACCUUCCACCAGGUAGUAGCCGCAGCCAUCCGUGCCGUACUCGCCGCGCACGGCGUCGCAGUCACAGAAGUGAUCUCCGCACCACACGAACGCGCAUUCCAAGACCUCCGCGCAGGACGCACGCAGCUACUCGUCGGCUGGUUUCCGGGGUCACAUAGCACUUACCUCGAGCCCUUCAAGGACGAUAUGAUCGUUCUUGGCGAAGCGGAGGGCUCUGCACCCGUGUACGAUCCGUAUUGCAUAUGGGGAGUGCCAGAUUAUGUCCCCGUCGAGGUCGUCCGGUCAAUAACGGACCUCGCGAAGCCAGAGGUGGCGGCGCAGUUCGUGCGGACUGUGCAGGGCAUCAACCCUGGUGCGGGAAUCUCGCGGUUCUCGCAGGAGAUCAUAGAGCGGUAUUCGCUCGACCUGCAAUUCGUCGAGGGCGACAUCCCCAAGUGUUGUGCCACGUAUGAGGCGGCGUAUGCUAAACGAGGCAUGUAG